GCGCAGCCAAGCGCGCGGUACUCGGGCAGUCUAACAAACGUUCCAACGCGUGUAGUAUCUUUUAUUUGAUAAUACCCUAUCAUCUAACGUUAGCGUAACUCAGUAUGUUAUCGUAUGCACGUAGAGUAACAUUAUAAAAUGAUAGGGUCAAUUAUUGCUCUAUACAUAUCGUGUUUCAAUGCGACUGUGAAUUUUUUCACCCGUCUCGUGUUGAUUUUGCUCACCGCGUGCGUGUAUCAUGCAUUCGUUUUCGCGGAAGUUUUUCUAAACAGUUAUAAUUUAGUGUACCCUCCAUAUUUGGCUAAACCACUAGCUAGUGUAACAAGUGUAGUUUCCGAUGUAGUGAGUUAUUUCAUAAGGAUUUCUGCUAUACAGACAAUCAUGAUGAACGCGUUCAUGCGAAGAUUCCUCCGGUUCAUGGUGUCACUGCUGGCCAUCAUAGUGGUGCCUCUGACCUACCUGCUGAACAUACGGAGGAACAAGAAAUGUCCGCCGCCCAUCAACCCUAUACUCUUCAAGUCCGCUACAUCGUUAGCUGCGAUGAUUAGGACUAGACAGAUCACAUCAGAACAAGUUGUAGAAGCAUACAUAGAGAGAUGCAAGGAAGCAAACCCAUACUUGAAUGCUAUCGUGGAGCCGAGAUACGAUGCCGCAAUGCGAGAAGCUAGGGGCAUCGACAAGAUGAUAGCAUCCACUGAUAGGACGCCUGAAGACCUGGAGAAAGAAUACCCGCUGUUGGGCGUACCUAUGACUGUUAAGGAAAGCAUUGCUGUUGAAGGUAUGAGCAACGACUGUGGUACCGUGUACCCAUACAGGAAUCCAGCUAAGAGCGACGCAGCCGUCAUAAGGCUAGCCAGGGCUGCUGGAGCCAUUCCAAUAGCCGUGACGAACACCCCACAGCUUUGUAUGAAUUGGGAAACUUAUAACAACGUUAUUGGAAUAACUAUGAACCCUUAUGACCAGAAGAGGACGACUGGUGGAUCUUCGGGAGGAGAAUCAGCAUUGAUCUCCGCAGCCGGUUCCGUCAUCGGAGUAGGAUCAGACAUUGCCGGAUCUCUUCGCCUGCCUCCCAUGUUCACUGGAAUAUUUGGACACAAACCAACACCUAGACUCCUCUCGGUUGAAGGUCACGUUCCUGACUGCUUAGAUCCUGAUUUCGAGGAAUACUUUACACUUGGACCAAUUGCGAGGUAUGCUGAGGACCUCACGUUACUCUUGAAAGUUCUGAAGCAACCAGGAGGCCCCGAUGUACCCUUGGACAAGCCGGUCGACAUUUCAAAACUGAAGUUCUAUUACAUGGAUGGUGACGGCAGCAACGUAACAGACUCUAUCGGUCCUGAAGUCAGACAAGCAAUGCAGAAAGCCAAAGAUCACAUCAAAAAUACUUAUAACAUCGAAGUUAAGCCGCUAAAAAUCAAAAACAUCGAACACAUGUGGGAAACGAGCAUCAGGAUUUUGUUGAACAUAAAACAUGUCCGCAACAUUUACACGGACCCAGAAAAACGCGACCAAUGGGUGUCCGUAUGGCCUGAAGUCCUGAAAACAAUGAUUGGCAUGUCUAACCAUAACUUCAUCUGUGUAUGUUACGGGCCUCUGACAAAAUUCUUCGAUGCACUACCAAAGAGUUAUUACAAGAAGCUGCUCUCCAUUUUUGAUGAAAUCAAGGCUGAGUUUGAUAAAGUGCUAACAGAUGACGUAGUACUACUACACCCCACGUUCCCGACGCCAGCUCAUCUGCACUACAGAAUCUACUACAAAUUCCUGAACUGUGGCUACCUCACCAUGUUCAACGCUCUUGGGCUACCUGUCACACAGUGCCCCAUAGGGCUCACAAGAAAAGGACUGCCAGUUGGCAUCCAGAUAGCUGCCAAUAAAUGCAACGAUCACCUAACGAUAGCUGUCGCCAAGGAAUUUGAGAAAGCAUUCGGUGGAUGGAUACCCCCAAACAAAGAACUUGCCAACAAUAUCAAGACUGCUUAAGAUAAUGGUUGUAAAAUAAUAAUUUGGAUUAAACUUUCCCUUGAAGGCACAGGCAAAUAUGCUCGAAAUAGUGCUUUUUGGAGCCAAUCUUUAAGGUAUUACUGGCAAUUAAUUAUUGACAGUGAUCUGGUAGCACAUGUAUUUACAGGGUAAAAACUGUAGAGAGACUGUGAGAUUUGGGAACAAAUAUGAUAUCCACGAAUUACUGAAAACAUCCGUAGCUAGCCGGUCUACAUAAUUAUGGUCUGAGUGUUUCAACCAACUGUAGCCUUUUUGAUUUAUUUGUCAGGAUAUUGAGGGACAAGGGACAAGAAGAUCGAAACACGUAUGAAACUUGUACCUAAUUAGUUAUUGAUAAGAAAAAGCAGUUUUUUCUUGCUUACAUAGACUUUUCGAUACAUAUUCGCUGCUCUUUCUUGGA